GAUAACGUUCUUGUCUCUGGAUAAAGUUAUGAAAUGUUUUCAAAUUUGAUUGUUAAUUUUUUUUGGUUGGUGGCACUGGGUGUUCAUGAGAUGUGUAAAAUUUGAUAGGUUAAAUGUGUGAAAAACGUGUAAACAAAUAAUAAAUUAAUAAUUUUAAACUUCACCAUGUUUAUAUUGGCUGAAAUGAAAAAUGUGACUAGAAUACCUCCAGAAUUGUUCAAUUUAAAACUAAAUGAAGCAAUUGCCGGCGAAUUAAAUAAGAAACUGGCCAACAAAGUGGUAUUAAAUGUUGGAUUGUGCAUUGCUUUAUAUGACAUAGUCAGUCUUCAGGAAUCUUAUAUAUUUCCAGGAGAUGGGGCAUCUCAUACAAGAGUCAACUUUAGAUACAUUGUAUUUAGACCUUUUGUAGAGGAAAUUAUCAUUGGGAAAAUCAGAAGUUGCAGUCAGGAAGGCGUACAUGUAACGUUGGGUUUCUUUGACGACAUCUUGAUACCACCAAGUGCUUUGCAACAUCCCUCAAAAUUUAACGAGACCGAGCAGGCGUGGGUCUGGGAAUACGAUACGGGUGACGGCAACAAACACGACUUGUUCAUGGACGCCGGCGAAACGAUACGGUUCAGGGUGACCGCCGAAACAUUCAACGAAACUUGUCCUACUGGUGGACCUGGCACAUUUCAAGAGACACAGGAGAAUCAUGAGACCAAGGUUCCAUACAGUCUAACUGCAAGCAUCAAUGAACCUGGUUUGGGAUUGCUCUCCUGGUGGGAUAAUUAAGCCUCGAAGUUCAGAUGAACCUUAAAAGACUGUGAUUGAAUUGAAUAAUUAACAGUGAAGUAAUAAGACGAAAGUAGAAAAUAUCUAUUUUAUUGGCGAGCCAUAAUUAUCUUUUGUAUUAUGUACAUCACAAAAAUUGAUUGUAUUUAAUCUAUUCAAAAUACAAUAUUAACCAUA